GAUCAAUGCCAAACUAGUUAUUAAAUUGACGUUAAACGCCGCGUUAAUAAAAUAAAUCGAAACUCUUAAUCGAAACAUAAAAAUCAGUAAUAACAAAAUGACCGCCAUUAUGCAUCUUGGAGUUCUUUGCAUGGUUCUAUUGGCCGUCACAGUCAGUGCCAAAAAUGUCCCAUCAGUUGUGAGAGGAAAACAAAUCAAUGACGUUUCAAUCGUCCAUGAUAUUCAAAACUUUGCCAGAAGUCAUCCAGGAACCAAAAUCAUUCCCAUGAAAAAGGAAGAGAGCAUGGGACGCACCCAAUCGGUUCGAUACACUUUAGGUGGACGUGUUUCCGGUGAUUCACUUGUUGCUCAAGGAACUGAUACUUUCUCUUAUGCCGCACCAAAUGAUCUUAAUCUCCAACUGAGCUAUCCAGAAAAUGGUACCGGAGCUAUUGUGACAUUUGUCGAACUCGUUGCCAUUCAAAACAAUAAUUUGGGAAAUGCUUAUGUCGUAUCUGGAGGAAUUGGACAACGCAGCAUUUCAAUUAUCAUUGAAGCCCAAGAAACUGACUACUUCUCAUACAAAGCUCAAUACUUUGGAAUCGAUUAAAUCAAUCAAAGAAUCUCUUUGAUAUAUUCUAAGGACCUGAAUAAAACCAUAACUAAAACUACCUUAACUGAAA